UAUGUCCGGUCGAGUGGUCCGGCACUUUCAGUUACAAAACUGGCCCGAUGGUCAGGCGACGCCAGCGUCCGUGGAGGCGAUCGUGGAUCUGCUAGAUAAGGUGGAGAAGUGGCAACAAAAGGUCGAGAACAAGAAGAUACUUGUACAAUGCCUGGACGGUGCUUCCCAAAGUGGUGUCUUCUGUGCGGCGCAUUCUGUCAUUGAGAAGGUCAAGGUCGACCAGGAGGUGGAUGUUUUCCAGUAUCUCCGUCUGCUGAGGUCAAACAGACAACAACUUGUCAACACUUAUGAGCAAUACAAGUAUGUCCAUGAAGUCGUUCUGAGAUAUCUACAAAAUUUCGACCUCUAUGCUAACUUCCAGUAAACAGUGCAAUGUACUCCCAGGGAGUUACUUUAUUUGAGCAACGAAUCGUUUGUCGAAAUCUAUGAUACAAAUACCAGCAGCAGUGGAUCGAUCAUUUAAAGGGAAUGUUGUUUCCAGGCAAAUUGUGGCUGGAAAUGGUUCGUGACUCCACCACCACGGGUGUCAAAAUCAUUCUAUUCAGUAUAUGUAAACUCUCAAGAGAUACAUGUAGGCCUGCAUAUUUUCAUUACGAUGGCAAAAUGUAUACCAGGUUACAUGUAGGUGCUGGUGCCAUAUAUCGGCGUCGGUCCAACUAUCCCAGUAUACCCUGAUAUCACGACUUUAGAGUAAUUUAACUACGUGUUACCAAGACUUACCAAGAAGGCACUAGCGAUCUCAGAAUUUUGUGAAUAAGGUGUAAAUCAUCAGCUAAGUAUGCUUGAUGUUUAGUGAUUCAGUAUUACUCUAGAUUAACAGCUGAAUCAUGACCUGGACUAUGUUUUACCUGAUGUUCAAAGAACUUUUCCGUCAACCUAUUCUCUUCUAGCAGGUAUUUGGAUUGGUCAUUUAACACUCACACAUAGCCUUGCUGAAAUCGGGCCUCCCACAAAAGCAACAACUUGCUAUCACAGGCUAGCUCUGUUUAAGAUGCAUGAUUUAGUGUAUCAAUACAUGUCAACAUUAAGGAUGGCACAAUGAGGUGAUGGACAUUUGAUGUUAUGGCCAAGAUAUCCCACCAAAUCAGGCCAUACUCAGCAGGGCUUUGUGUGAGUGAUCCAAAGGCCGUGGCACCACGGGUGUCAAAAUCAUUCUAUUCAGUAUAUGUAAACUCUCAAGAGAUACAUGUAGGCCUGCAUAUUUUCAUUACGAUGGCAAAAUGUAUACCAGGUUACAUGUAGGUGCUGGUGCCAUAUAUCGGCGUCGGUCCAACUAUCCCAGUAUAGCCUGAUAUCACGACUUUAGAGUAAUUUAACUACGUGUUACCAAGACUUACCAAGAAGGCACUAGCGAUCUCAGAAUUUUGUGAAUAAGGUGUAAAUCAUCAGCUGAGUAUGCUUGAUGUUUAGUGAUUCAGUAUUACUCUAGAUUAACAGCUGAAUCAUGACCUGGACUAUGUUUUACCUGAUGUUCAAAGAACUUUUCUGUUAACCUGUUCUCUUCUAGCAGGCAUUUGGAUUGGUCAUUUAACACUCACACGUAGCCUUGCUGAAAUUGGGCCCCCCACAAAAGCAACAACUUGCUAUCACAGGCUAGCUCUGUUUAAGAUGCAUGAUUUAGUGUAUCAAUACAUGUCAUCUUUAAGGAUGGCACAAUGAGGUGAUGGACAUUUGAUGUUAUGGCCAAGAUAUCCCACCAAAUCAGGCCAUACUCAGCAGGGCUUUGUGUGAGUGAUCCAAAGGCCGUGGCUAGAUGCAAAUUUGUGCCAUGUUUUAUAAACACCUUGUUUU